AUCAGCAUCAGCCUUUGAAUCAGUCGCUAUUUUUUUUGACAUUCAUAAAUUCUCUUCUGAAAUACAUUAAAAAAAAACCUUUUAUGAACCAGCCACAAAUACCUUUUUAAGAUCUGUGACCUUCAAACUUCAGUAGUCUCCUUAUGCCUGAGGGCUCCCCCUUGGACUUGGUAGUUUUACUUUAAAUUCCUGUGGUUUCAGAAAUUUCAAUGAUUUUUAUUUGUGGUGUUUCCUUCUGGAAAGAACAUGGUUGCAGAGGAGAUACCCAAAAUUGGGAUUUAAGGAUUACAUUUCCAUUCAGUCAAUUUAUAAGCAGAUACAUAAUAAAUGUUACAAAGACUGUAGAGAAGAGUUAGCUGCAGCUUUAAUGGUGGAUAAAUGAAAGAAGCAGCGUGGAUGGCUGCACGUGCACCUGAAAGACAUGGAGGUGCAAGGCAGUUGGCGUCAGCGUGAGGUGGACUUGCAUGGACAUGGCAAAAUUGGUUUCAAAAAAUUUGUGUUAUUCUUUUUUAAAAAAUCAAAUCCUUACCACUAGAAAUCUGUAAUUUUCGACUAACACAAAAAUUAUGUGAAAAUUGUACUUUUUAGUGAUUUUUUUUGGAACCAACUUAGCCGUACCCGACUUGCAUAAGAUAGAUGGUCUGUGCCGACAAUACUUGAUGGAAAUAAUUAAUUUAUUCUUAACACCACCUUGAAUCUAAAUCGGCCUUUCAAACUGGUGGCAGCUUCUUGCAGUCGAGCAGCUUAUUAAUCUUCAACGUCCUGAACAAAAGAGUGAACGGCUAAUGUUCUUUGCUACAGGGUGACUCCGGUGAUUCCAUUUGGAGUAGCCCUGACUUCUGCGCUCUUAACAAUUAUCUCCCUAACCUGUGAUAGAUGAUGGAUCAAACUUGGGCGGUUGCUUGUGAUCUGAUUGGAUGGAGAUUUUAUGAAUUUUCAAUUCCAAUCAAAUCCAUUCAACCCUUCCAUGAAAUUCCACAAGAAUUCCUUCCUUCCAAACUUCAUCAGCAAUCUGAUCUUCUAUCUCAUAUCAAUUGAGCAAAUAUAAAAAACAAUAAUGAAACUGAGAACAUAUCAAACCUAAAAUUAUUUCAUUGUAUUCAUUCUCCAUUACAUUUUCAUAAUACAUUUCCGUAUAUAUAGUUAUCAUUUUCAUAAUACAUUUCCGUCUAUAUAGAUAUAAGAAUACAACUGAAAUUUACAGCCACCUAUAAACUAAUAACUACAUACAAUACUAAUCCUCAUUGUCCUUCAUUCUAGUCAAAAGUAGGUGCGAAAUAGUUGGAAAGAUUGCUUGCUGUGGAUAGGGAAAUUUCUAAUUUUGGUGUAGAGAUGACAUAUCUGAGGUGGCAUUUGAGAUAAUUUCUCAAAAGCACGGUUUAUCAGUGUAUUGAAGCUGAGAAAUGGGUGAAUAAUUUUAAGUUUGAUAUGUUCUCAGUUUCAUAAUACAUUUCCGUCUAUAUAGAUAUAAGAAUACAACUGAAAUUUACAGCCACCUAUAAACUAAUAACUACAUACAAUACUAAUCCUCAUUGUCCUUCAUUCUAGUCAAAAGAAAGUGCGAAAUAGUUGGAAAGAUUGCUUGCUGUGGAUAGGGAGAUUUCUAAUUUUGGUGUAGAGAUGACGUAUCUGAGGUGGCAUUUGAGAUAAUUUCUCAAAAGCACGGUUUAUCAGUGUAUUGAAGAUGAGAAAUGGGUGUACUUGCUCUGGCCCAACUAAGCUCUAUUGGUCUAAACAAUGGCUUGUGUGUGUUGUAAAUCAGUUGUUAUCUUCUUGCUUGCUGCGGGCUUCUCUGGUGUUGUCUGUAAUGGAGAGGAUUCAGCUCGGAGUGAGACCUCCUCAAGGAGUUUGCUACAGAAUGGACUGGGUGCGACCCCUCCAAUGGGAUGGAAUAGUUGGAACCACUUUGGAUGCAAUAUCAAUGAAAACAUUAUUAAGGAAACUGCUGAUGCAUUGGUUUCAACUGGCUUUAAGAAUCUUGGAUACGAGUAUGUGAAUAUAGAUGAUUGCUGGGGGGAGUUCAAGCGAUCCGAAAAUGGAAAACUGGUUGCAAAAUCUUCAACAUUUCCAUCUGGCAUCAAGGCGCUUGCAGACUACGUUCACAGCAAAGGUCUCAAAUUAGGCAUAUAUUCAGAUGCUGGAUACUAUACUUGUGCCAAGCAACAACCAGGUUCCUUAGGACACGAGCAAUUAGAUGCAGAUACUUUUGCUGAAUGGGGAGUGGACUAUCUCAAAUAUGACAACUGCAACACGGAUGGCAGUAAACCAGAAGCUCGAUACCCAAUAAUGAGAGAUGCACUUCUCAAAACAGGGCGUCCGAUAUUUUACUCUCUGUGUGAAUGGGGAGUAGACCAUCCUGCUACAUGGGGCGGGAAAGUCGGAAAUAGCUGGAGGACAACACAAGACAUUAGCAACAGUUGGGAUAGCAUAUCUUCUCGAGCAGAACUGAACAACGUAUGGGCAGACUAUGCAGGACCAGGUGGAUGGAAUGAUCCUGACUUGUUGGAGGUAGGAAAUGCUAACGCGAGCAGAGAAGAAUACGGCUCACAUUUCAGCCUCUGGGCCCUAAUGAAGGCACCAUUGCUGAUUGGAUGUGAUGUGAGAUCUAUGACUCCAACUACAAGAGAUAUUCUUGGCAAUGCGGAUGUGAUUGCAGUCAAUCAAGACCCUUUGGGAGUACAAGGAAAAAGAGUGACCAAAUAUAAAGAGCUUGAGGUGUGGGCAGGGCCUUUAUCCAACAAUCGUGUGGCUGUAAUCCUAUGGAACAGAAGUGAGACAAGAGCUAUGAUCACAGCCUUAUGGCAGAAGAUUGGUCUCCAGCCUGGAGAAGAAGUUACUGUCAGAAACUUAUGGAAGCAUAGAACUGAGCCAGACACCCGCAAAGGCAGGCUGACAGCAUCAGUGAAACCACAUGCUGUUAAAAUGUAUAUUUUAACCAGAAUUCAUCAGUAAAAUAUUGCCAGUAGAUUUAUCUCAACACAAGUUAAACAGAUAACUGGUAAGGUUUAUCUUGAUUCUUCAUACACUUAGUUCAUUUUGGAAAAAUCUGUAAGAUUCUCCUGGCAAAUCAUAUCAUUAUUGGAAUAAAGUUGUCUGGCAUUCUUUGGA